AUGAUGCGUACCGUGAUUCCUCUGAUCGUUGCACUCGGCUCGCUGGUAAAAGCCAUCCAAAUUACUAGCCCUGUGGCCAACUCGACCUACGCAGCCGGGUCCACCGUCGCCAUUGAAUGGACCAGCGUUGACACCGAUCCCACCAACUUCAGUCUCUAUCUUUGGAACUUUGUGUCCUGGCCUCCGUCUUAUGUUCCCCUGGCGAUGGAUGUUCCGACCUCGGAUCUUUCACACUCAGUCCAAAUCCCUUGUGACACCAACCCUGAAUGGGGCUAUCAGAUCAGCGGUAUUAACGGCACCAACGUCUACGUCAUCUACGCCCAGGGAGAAAAGUUCAGUGUGUCCCAGCCCAUUGAAGGCGCCGCCUGCGUCGACAUUGCUCCUUCGCCGACUGCAUCCACCUGCCCUAGCGCUGCGGCGUCUACCGUUUAUGUCACGGUGAGCCCCACCGGCCCUAGCUCCCGUCAUUUCCAUUAUAAUUCCUCCCAAGUCCAUCCCUCUCCUUCACCCAGCACCGCCAGCACCUCCUCAAGUGUGAAGCCUGGAAUUGUACCUAAGACUAUUGGUUGGUGCUCAGACUACUCCCACCCUGUGACAUUGGACACGAUUCCCACCCCGACGCCGUCAGAGCUUGUGGCCAACCAUCGGGAUAGACACCAUGCUUCAUCGAUGAUCACCGCCGCGCUGGCCCAGGUGACUGAUGCUGGUAGUCCUCACGUCAAGACUAUCACCACUACUAUCACCAAGGUAGUGUGUCCGGCAUGUAUGUGA